AUGAGCUCUUUGACCAACACAAGCAUUCGGCUUUACAAUAGUUCACUUGUGUGGCAUGAAAACAUCAAUGUGGUGGCAGUAGCGAGCUUCAGUAUAGUGACUGCUUUGUUAAGCCUUGCCGGUGCAGGAUCAGUACUCAUAUGUUCAAUUUAUCACAGACGUGUUUUCUACCCAGAGAUAUUUCCCACCUUCCAUUUAGCCCUUGCUGACUUGCUUGCAUCCUUCACACUCAUAGUCAGCUCAGCCACAUUCUUGAGUGAAACCUCUGACGAUGGUGGGGCCGUCUGUGCUGCCCUCUCAGGUUUAGUCACUAGUUUUUACACCAGUGCCUUUCUCUUGACUCUUGUACAUGCAUUGGAAGUCUUGCUGCGGUUUCGGAAAAGGCUGAAAGAUGGCAUGCGGUUAGACACUGUAUCUGUCAGUGCUGUCAGCAGUCGGCCGAUGUACUUAGCAUAUGCUUUUUCCUGGUUGAUUCCACUGAUCCUUGCCAUCGUUAUCAUUAUCAAGAGCCAGGGUGAAUUUAAAAAGAAACAGUGCUCACUAUGUUUUGCAGAUUUCAGAUUUGAUGGAGAGAGCUGUUGGAAUGGGGAAGAGGCAUUCGUGCAUGACAUGGCCAGACUGGUGUUCCUGAUCCCUUUAGUCAUGGUUAUGGUUGUGAACAUGGUUCUCUAUUUGCUUAUCUGGAGAACAUACAGACUGGUUGUUAUAAGAAGUGGACUGUUGAGCUAUCAUCAGAGACAGGAGGAGAGGCUUUUGAGAAGGAAGACCUGCUUUUAUCAGGCUGUGUUUUUUGUCUGCUGGCUGCCAUCUAUUGUGGUUGGAUAUGCAUCAUUCACUGACGGCUACAGCAUGUACAGAUUCUAUCCUGGACUAGUCAUUCAGAUCAUUCUGGGACCUCUCCAGGGACUGCUCAACAGCAUCGUCUACGGUUGGAAGAGGGACAGUUUCCGGAGAGCACUCACAGAAAGGACAUCACUCCUGAGUACAGACAGAACCACUAUGUCAGUAACUUUGUAG